GAUUCCUUCGCCGCUUGCAGAGCACCGCGCGGUGGUGUUUGCCAUUGUCCCUGUGCGUCCCGUCGGGUGCCCCCAGGAGCGCGAUGGCUGAGCUGUUUCCUCUGGCCGAGGAGCUGUCGUGCUCCAUUUGCUUGGAGCCCUUCAAGGAGCCCGUCACCACCCCGUGCGGCCACAAUUUCUGCAGGUCGUGUCUGGAUGAGACGUGGGAAGUCCAGGGCCCGCCGUAUCGGUGUCCGCAGUGCCGCACGGUGUACCAGGUGCGCCCGCAGCUGCACAAGAACACGGUGCUGUGCGCGGUGGUAGAGCAGUUUCUGCAAGCAGAGCAGGCACGGACGCCGGUGGACGACUGGAUCCCCCCUGCCCGCUCCGCUACAGCCACCGAGGUGGCCUGUGACCAUUGCCUGAAGGAGGUCGCGGUGAAGACGUGCCUCGUGUGUAUGGCCUCUUUCUGCCAGGAGCACUUGAGACCGCACUUCGACAGUCCCGCCUUCCUGGACCACCCCCUGCAGCCGCCCGUCCGUGACCUGCUGCGCCGCAAAUGUCCCCAACAUAACCGCCUUCGGGAAUUGUUUUGCCCCGAACAUGGCGAGUGCAUUUGCCAUAUCUGCCUGGUAGAGCACAAGACCUGCUCCCCUACACUCCUAAGCCAGGCCAGCGCCGACUUGGAGAACAAACUGAGGAAUAAACUCACCCUCACCCACAGUCACAUCAACGGGGCAACCAGAGCAAUGGAGGAAGUGAGAGCCAAGCAGCAGGGUGUGCAGGACUCUAUGAACAGGAAAAAGGAACAACUGAGGCAAGAAUAUAUGGAAAUGAAGGCUAUCCUUGAUUCAGCGGAGACCAACUUGAUGCGUAAGCUGAAGGAGGAGGAGAAGCGGAUCCACGGAAAGCUGGACAGCAUCUACCAGGUUCUUGCCAAGAAGAAGAGUGAGAUGCAGAACCUGAAGGCGGAGGUUGAGCUCACCCUGUCCAAAGGGGACGAGUUUGAGUUUCUGGAGAAAGCGGCAAAAUUGCAAGGAAUGUCAACAAAACAAGUCUACAUCCCCAAGGUAGACCCAGACCACGAAUUGAUAAAGGGGGUCUACCAGAGUGCAUUGAACCUCAAAAAUGAGCUGAAGCAAUCUUUCAAGCAGCUACAGGAGAAGAAAGCUGAAGAGCCCCUUGGCCCAGGUAGCAUGGUAGAUAAUGAUACAGAGUCCACACUCAAACAUCGUCCUGGGAAGAAGACACCACAGGAAAAGAAGACCAAGAAACCAACUGGUGCUACCGGCUCCUUUCCCAGCUCUUCCUCAUUCAACAAGCUUCCCACCUUUGGAGCUCCUGGACAGUCAAUGGAUUUUAAAACAACUGACCCUGAUGCCGCACCCAAAGCCAACACCUUGCAGCCAAACUCUACUGCACUCAAAGCUAAGAUGCUAGAAAACUUCUUAGCCAAGUCUAGGGCCGAGCUUCUGGAGUAUUACGUUAAAGUCGUCUUCGACUACAAUACUGCCCACAACAAAGUGGUUCUGUCAGACAACUACACCACCGCCUCCGUGGCUGAGGGACUUCAGCACUACCGUACCCAUCCCCAGAGAUUCACCUACUGCUCUCAGGUUCUGGGGCUACAAUGCUAUAAGAAAGGCAUUCACUACUGGGAGGUUGAGCUGAAGAAGAACAAUUUCUGCGGUGUAGGCAUUUGCUACGGCAGCAUGGAUAGGCAGGGCCCGGAGAGCCGUCUGGGCCGUAAUGCCAACUCGUGGUGUGUGGAAUGGUUCAACAACAAGAUCUCUGCCUGGCACAACAAUGUGGAGAAAACCCUGCCCUCCACCAAAGCCACUCGAGUUGGUGUGCUUCUCAACUGUGACCAUGGCUUUGUCAUCUUCUUUGCUGUCACUGAAAAGGUCUAUUUGAUGUAUAAGUUCAAGGUGGACUUUACUGAAGCCCUGUACCCAGCCUUCUGGGUGUUCUCCGCUGGUACCACGCUUUCCAUCUGCUCCUCCUCUAAGUAGGCAGGCCACUAGGCCAGCCUCAGACACUUGGACUUUGAGGAACAUCUAAGACUGGUAAAAACGCUGUAUGUAGGUGGGAUUCUCCUUGGCAAACUUCUGAGUCCCCAUAGGUAGGAGAUUGGAAGGAGAACUGGGGGAGAGGCUGAGAGAAUAAAAAGGGGAGAUUUGGCUGGGAAAGGGGUGGAGUGAUUGUCUUGUGGGUGGGGAAGCAUAUCUACCUCCUGGUACCCCUGAGGGCAGGGUGACCUCCCAGAGUCUGGGAAAUUUCAGGCUGCUAGCCACUUGGGCAGAGCUUCGAAAGGAAAAUCAUUAGUGCUUCCUGUUGUCUUACAGAAAAUCUGUAGCUAUGUUUUUUUCUCAGGUGAUGGAUGUCCACUCUUUGUGGUUGCCUUCAGAUUUUUGUAUUUUAAUUAUGCUCUAGAUUUAAAAAAAAAAAAUAGGUGCGGUGGUGCAUGCCUUUAAUCCCAGCAUUUGGGAGGCAGAGGCAGGUGGAUAUCUAUGAGUUCUAGGCCAGCCUAUAGAGUGAAUUUUAGGUCAGCUGAAGCUACAUAGUGCGACCCUGUUUCAAAAACAAAACCAAACAAAACAAAAGCCGGGCGUUGGUGGUGGUGGUGAAUGCCUUUAAUCCUGGCACUCGGGAGGCAGAGGCAGGCGGAUCUCUGUGAGUUCGAGGCCAGCCUGGUCUCCAGAGAGAGUGCCAGGAUAGGCUCGAAAGCUACACAGAGAAACCCUGUCUCAAAAAAAACAACAAAAACAAAAAAAAAAAAACACAAAAAAACCCAAAAUCGAGUUCAGUGUAUAUAUUAUCUCUUUGGAGCUAGGUAUUGAAUCUAGAGCCUUUAUAUGUCUUACUUCUGAAGUUCAUCCUGCUCUGAACUGCCAUAUAACCCUUCCUCCAAGGAAACUUUUGUAGAUAAGGCUUCAAAGUCUCAUCUGAAUCAGCUUGUGUCAAAGCAACCCUGAUCCAGUUGAGACAGAAUUUCUUCCUCUCUAAGGGGCAUCUCAUCAGGGCCAUGUUGAUUGUGGCCAUAGAGCUAGACGCCUUUCUUCCCAUAGCCUGUGUUGGGAGUGGGGAUAGGGGAGCAGGACCCUAUCAGGCUGGAUUAAUGUUAGCCUGAUGGCUUUGCUCUUACCAAUGUCUUGCCUUGACAACAGUCUUCAUCAGUAACAUCCCCCUCCUCUGGAUUGUAGUUACUGGGCUGUGGCUAUAAAGGCCACCUUUUGCCUUCCGUGGCUACCACAGUUAAGAGGUCAGCCACACCACAUUCCCAUACCCUACAGUCAUGCAGAUGAAGUACUCGUGGUUGCUUCUGGAGCCAUACUAGAUCACCCACUGAGGUGACUAUCUAUGGUCUGAGGGACCUGUGGGAGACAGCUAUCUUCCUGUUUUUCCCUAGCCACAGACUACAGGCCCACUGAUGUGUCUGAGACCCAUCACCUAACCUAUCCUGUUCAUCUGUCUUCCUCAUUUGAGCCAAUUCCAGGUGCUCAUAUAAGACUGAACUGUAGGUUAGGAAGACCUUUAAGGAUAAGAAAAAAGCCAAGGAGGGUCUGGCCAGUGGCUGUUUUUUCUGUGGUCUUUCAUGCAGUGAAAAAUGGCCCAGGCCACUAAAGGGCAGGGAUGGAGGACUAGAAUCUCCCCACCCUCAUGUACUGAUGUCAAAUCCAGAACGUGUGAGGAUUUGGCCUCUGUGACAGGAGUCCAGCUCCUUUUCUUUAGUGGGGAGCUCCCUCUUUAAGCCUUCCAAUGAAGAGAGGUCACUGUAGGGAAGGUAGGGCCCCUAGACCUUUCAUAUGGAUGGAUAUUUGAGAACAUAACACAUCUCAGAUCUUGUAAUGGAAUUCCAGGGCUCUUACUUAGCAUUGGCAUUCCUGACAGAUGUGUGAUCUGUGUCCUCUCCCAGAGGAAUGUUCUGUUUCCUGGGAGCAUCUUUGCGGGGCACAUGUCCCUGUAGAUGAUGCGUGGCCUUUGAAAGUUUAUUUAUUUUUUUUUUGCUACACAAGUUCUUUGGUGAUUCUUCUCUGAAUUUGAAGAUUGCCGAUCUUCUGAAACAAAGCCUUGUUUGAAACCAAGUCAGACUUGGGAAACAUCUAGGUUUAGAGAAGCAGAAUGCCAAGGGUUAACUGAGGGGUCCUCCUUGGACUCUUACACAGAAAUGAAACUGACAGUCAAGACUCUUUCCAGGCUAUGUACAGCUCAGGCUAGGAAGUAUGUAUCCCUCUGUUUAUGAGAGAGCCAAGCAGGUGACCAAAGCCCGGAGCUGUUCAAGGUGCUUUGGAGCUGUAAGUGGAGGAGUAUACCCUUGCUGUCUGGUACCUUUCUGUUUGCAAUGGUAAGACCUUGCCUUGACCAUAAACGUGUCUGGAAUCUUGUACCAUGGGGUCCUAGAAUGGACACAGCCUGUGUAUCCAUCUUGCUUCUCCUUUUGAGAAGCAGACAGAUGGAAAGGUGGAGGAUGGCUCUGUUCACCACUCUUGUCAUUCCAACAUGGAAGAGACACCUAAACACAGGUUACAGGAAAACCCUGGGGGCUCUGUGGACAUACAGGAAUUGCCAGAAACGUUGAUGUAAAAUCCUAUCCUAGACCCAAUGACUGUCUCAGUCACUCUGGUAUGAUAAACUAAAGGUCAAGUCUUUGCAUUAUCCAGGACUGGCUGGCUAGUCUUUUUAAUUGCUUGGAGAUUGAUUUUCGAUCUAUUACUAAUAUCGAUAUGUUAUCUUUUACAUCAUUUACCUCCCUCUACUGAUUUUAGUUAAUUACUAAUGUUCUAGCUAAUGACUUCUUGAACUAAGUGCUUUAGAAGUGAGUUAUUAUCAAGAUAGUCACCAUAAACAGGGCAAGGAUGGCUGUUGCCCCUUACUUUGAAUGCAGUGAAGCAGAAUUCGGUAUCCCCUCUGGAUUGAGGUGUGGGUGGAAGAUGUUGUCACUCAAGCUGAAAUCCAAUGAUGAGGUACACGCCCCCUGAAAGCUACUGCCCAGGGUUUCUGGGUGUUCAGGCCUUACAAUCCCUUGAACCCUACCAUAGUGUAGCCACCAUUUCAGGGAACUUUAAGUAAAAAAAUACUCAGAGAGAGGUUGUGUAGGCCUAACUUCAAGACAGUGGCAGAGCAGAACACAAAUGAAAACUAAACCCCAUUUAAGUAACCUGCAAGGGGAGGUGGGAACCUGGGGCUUGUUUUCUUCUUAUUCUUCCUAUAUUACGGUUACAUAGGCUUCAACAUUUCCAUCAUGAAAAGCUAAAUAGUGAAAUGGAAAAUGGCCCAGACCAGAGAUGGAGUGUGUUCAUGCUCUUUUCUACAGAGGAAUAGGUGUCUGGGGAAGUGUACUUUGUUGGCUGUUAGAGGGUUUGACUGGCCUUUGUUUCUGGUUUGGGGGGGUAUGUGUGUGGGGUAUUAAGUUCUUGGAAUUUCCUGAGAGGAUGGAGUGUCACUGUUAUUUGUCUGCCUUGUGGAUCACAGUGGAAUUUUUGUCAAGAGAGGGGAUGACCCAGGAUGGCAGCUGGCCACUAUAAAGACCAGCUUGGUGAUUUGUUGAGGGUUGAGGCAUUGAGCUCAAAGGACCCCUGAAGGGAGAAGAGAGAACUGGGGAUUGGAGUCAGUCGGAGACCUCUGGGAAUCCUGCCAGUAAAUGAUGGUUCAAAUCCAGACCUAGUGCAACUUCUCUGCAGAUGAACACAUACAUGGCUUUGCUUCGGGCUGAUGCACUCUUGUCCUAUGACGGCAGGACAAGGAGAAUCUGUGCUCUAGAUCCUUCCAGAGCUUGCCCUAUGUGACUGCUUCUGAUUAUUUUCAUUUAAAUAAAGCUCAAAUCAUAAAUACA